CCUACCCGGUGCCCCGCCGCCGCCGUCGCCUCUCGCUCUCGCCGUACACCCUUGCACCCCAAAACUCAAUCUUUCUCUCCCACCCGACCCGAUCUGAUCCGAUUCGUGCGUGCUCGUCUAGGUUUCCAUCCGCCGCGCCGCCAGGAGAGCAGGGGUUGAAGAAGGCCAGCGCCACCAUGGCGGACGAAGAGCAUAUGGAGAGGAAGGAGGAGGCCACCGAGAUCGCCCCUUUCGAUCCAACCAAGAAGAAGAAGAAGAAGAAGGUUGUGAUCCAAGAUCCAGCUGACGAGGUUGAUAAGUUGGCAGAGAAGACAGAAAGCUUGGCAGUCGCUGAGUCUGGCGAGCCAAGCUUCGCAGGAUUGAAAAAGAAGAAGAAGAAACAGGUGGAACUUGACCCAUCGCUUGUUGAGGCUGCUGAUGGUGAAGACACUCUUGAUGAUCAAAUUGGAGAGGAUGAACAAGGAGAAGGGAUUGUGUUGGGUGGAGUGACCCAAUACCCGUGGGAAGGGACUGAUAGAGAUUACAAGUAUGACGAGCUGCUUGGCAGAGUCUUCAAUAUCCUGCGUGAGAAUAAUCCAGAUCUUGCUGGUGAUAGACGAAGAACAGUUAUGAGGCCCCCUCAAGUUCUUAGAGAAGGCACAAAGAAGACAGUUUUUGUGAACUUCAUGGACUUGUGCAAAACAAUGCAUAGGCAACCUGAGCAUGUGAUGAUGUUUUUACUUGCUGAGAUGGGAACAAGUGGAUCCCUUGAUGGGCAACAGAGGUUGGUUAUCAAAGGAAGAUUUGCCCCGAAGAACUUUGAAGCAAUACUGAGGAGAUAUAUCAAUGAAUAUGUCAUAUGCAAUGGAUGCAAGAGUCCAGAUACUAUCCUUUCCAAGGAGAAUCGGUUGUUCUUCCUACGUUGUGAACAGUGCGGUUCGUCAAGGUCAGUUGCUCCUAUCAAGGCUGGAUUUGUGGCGCAAGUUGGCCGUCGGAAGGCUGGGACUUAAGUUAUCUAGUGCUCGGAUGCUAUAUCAACAUAGUCCAAUUUGCCGAUUUACAACAAUUAUUGUCCAGUUCUUACUGUGCCUACACUGUUUUGUGGAUUUCGUUUCCUGUACUUCAAAUGUUGCUGUGAAUUCCAGUUUAUCUGAGAGGAUCUAUGUUUGCGGCC